GCAGAGUAUAACUUUUUUUUUCACUUCAUCUUUUUGAUGCUGACUGAGUGGAUUUUUUUUUAAUUUAAGCAGUUUAGAUUUUGCUCAGACCUCCUUCAAACGUCUUCAGCUGCAGGUAUGAAUCUUUUUAAGGAGAUCCUGCCAAGAGUAAGGAAUAUUCUCUCAAGUGCUACAGCUUCUGAUGAUCAUGCAUUGCUUAACCUCAUGCUGAAAGAAGAUGUGAUAUCCAAGGAGUACCAUCAAACCUUGCUCCAUGAAAAAGACAGAGAGGACCUCGCAAGGAAGAUAUCUCUGACAUUUGUGGAAAAAUGGGACCUGUAUUUGAACACUUUGAUUCCCCUCUGUUGUUUAAAACUGUGUGGCAGUAAGCCUCAAAACAUCACAGAUAACAAGCCAACAGGAAGCAAGUACAUUUCUGACAGCAAGACACAAAUCAUGGAUUCAGCAUUUGUGUCUGAAAACGGCUAUCUCGAUUUGCUGCACAGUGAUAUCGAUCCAUUGCAUCUGUACACUCUCUUUGACCCUGCAUCAUCUGGACAUGAAGAAAGUGACUUCUCAGCAGAUCCUGAAAUUGAUACCAGCAACUAUGAUCAAUUCAGUAACAUGGAUUUCCUUUGUACAAUGGAAAAUGAUGAAAAUGGGGAUGAAUUGUAUCUCUGUUCCAACACAAGAGAAGCUUAUGCUAGAAUAGCUGAAUUAGCAGAAUAUGUGCUCAAAGAUCAGCAGGAGAAGCAGGUGGAAGACACUUUUGCAGGGAACCUUAUUUUGGAUGAAAUGGCUGCUGAAAACACUGAGAAAUUUACUGACGUGAAGAUGCAGAAAUGUCACAAACGAACUUUCUUAGGCUCUGCAGAGAGUUGCUCUGACGUUUCAGAACCCAAAUACAAGAAAAUUGGGUCUUCAGCACAUUUGAUUCCAGAGUAUCUGCCUGUCAGCGCGAAAGGGAGCCAAGAGAAUACAGAUUUUGCAGCUCCUCCUCAGCAGAUAAUUAACUUUCUUAUUGAAAAUGGCACAUCAAAUGUUAUAAUAUAUCCAGUGCUGACUUCUUCCACUGAAACACUGAUCCCCUCAAGUUUUCCAGUUAGUUUAUGUGGCUUAGAAGUGUUCAAAGAAGUGCAAGUUCCUAUAGUUCCUUCUGAAGAACCUUUCAAAAGACCAAGGUCAGUGGAAGGUUUUUGUACAUCCCUUAUGGAUUAUUUCCGAGACAUGUGCAAAUUUGUGGCCAUGGAGCGUGAAGUAACUCUUGACCAGCUGUUUAUUGAUGGAACUCUUGUUCAAGGCCAAAUUGAAACCAGGAGUGGGAAGAAUAGUGUAAAAGUAAUGGAAAAGGAGCUGGUGACUUGUAAUCUGCAAGGGAAGGAAAAGGCAGCCCUUGAAAGAAGCCAAAUAUUUCAAAUCCCAGGAGGUAAAGAAUUAGAGACUAAAGUGAUUGUGGUGCUAGGAAAAGCAGGAAUGGGAAAAAGCAUUCUUGUUCAGAAGAUCUGCCAGGACUGGUCCAAUGGAGAGUUUUCUCAGUUUGAAUUUGUCUUUUGGUUUGAGUGCAAACAAAUAAGCAUGCCUGAGAAGCGGUACAGCAUGAAGGAUCUGCUUCUUGAGUUUUUUGUAAAACCUCAAGAGGGAAGCAAUGAGGUCUUUGAAUACAUACUACAAAAUCCUGCUAAAGUCCUUCUGGUUUUUGAUGGCUUUGAAGGGCUGCAUGAUAAUGAGAAUUUUUCUCGUUGCUCAGACAGCAAGCCUGACAAAGAGGUAUACAGUAUAAAGGAGCUACUUUCAGGCCUCAUCCAAAAAAAGAUACUGAAUGGUUGUACUUUACUACUUACAGCAAGACCUAAAGACAAGGUGAGCCAGUAUGUGUCCAAAGUGGAUAAGACUGUUGAAGUAGUAGGAUUCUCCCCUCAGCAGAGAGAAUUAUUCAUAACCAAGUAUUUUGAAGGAUUAGCGUACUGUGAUAAGGCACUGAAAUUAAUCAAAGAUUGUCCGUACCUGUUCAGUCAUUGUUACAGCCCUGUUAUGUGUAGAUUUGUUUGUUUUCUCUGUGAGACAGUACUUGAAAUGGGAGAUGAAGACCUUCCUUCAACUCUUACUACACUCUUCUUGAAAUUUGUUCAGCAAAAGCUAACACCUAUGCAAAGAGAUGUUACAGCCAUGCAAAAUCAAGAGACUCUUGCUACAUUAGCCCGUAUAGCCUGGUAUCUUGGAGGAAAGCACCAAAGUGCCAUGAAAAGUGAUCUUCUUCCUUCUAAGGAAGUUAAAGAAUUUGCUCUGAAGUAUGGAUUCGUCCUGCCGUUUGCAUUCCCCAAACAUUCAGAUACUGGAGAAGAAGAAUUUGGGAGCACAUUCUCCAAUUUUGCCAUUCAGAAUUUCUUGGGUGCACUUCACCUUAUGUUAGCAGAAGAGAUCAAGGAUAAAAGCCUAACAAAGUACCUGUCUUUUCCAUCCAAGAAGAAAAAACCUUAUAACUGGUUAGACUUACUGCCUCGAUUUUUGGCUGGAUUGUUGUUCCUCCAGGAUGACAUGGACUUCUACUUCCUUUCAAACAAGGAUGUAAAACAAUCAACCAAGAAGCAGAAAACACUCUUGAAAUAUAUUAGAAGGCUGCAGAUAAAUGACCUCUGUCCAGAGAGGUUACUGGAGCUUUUCCAUUGCAUUUAUGAAACACAAAACAACUAUCUUUUGCAGCAUGUGGCCCUAAGACUCAAGCCAGAGCUGUCUUUUCUGGGUGUUGUUCUUACACCACCUGAUGUCCACGUGCUGUACUCUAUUUUAAAACGGUCAAGAAAAGAGUUUUCCUUGGAUUUGCAAAGCAGUGGCAUUGACAUGCAAGGGCUAAAAGACUUGAUUGGACUAAAGAAUGUGGCAUCAUUCAGGGCUUCCCUCAGAGAUACAAUCAGGCUCUGGAAGUCUUUAGAACAGACAAAAGAGUAUGAACUGCUGAGAAUGUCUACAGAGAAAUUUGUUCUUGAUCCCUUUAAGGCAAAGACGGUGAAGGACAUCAUUGACCUUUCUGACCUUGUAGAGAUGCAGAGGAAGAUAAUCAGUUGUGUGCAAGAUGUAUCUGGUUGGAACAGCUAUGAAAUUCCUGCCAUCAAAAACCUCAGAAAACUAGAAUUUGCGCUGGGUCAGGUGUGUGGCCUUCAGGGAUUCCUAAAACUUGUGGGAAUUCUUGCAGCAUUUCCAUCACUUCAGCAUUUAGACCUUGAAGCGCUGAGUGAAAAUGACAUAGGAGAUGAAGGAGCAAAGAGUCUAUCUGAAGUCUUUCCGAAGCUGACGUCGCUGGAAACAUUAAACUUAUCACAGAAUAAGAUAACAGAUGUGGGUGCAGAGAAACUAGCUAAAGCUCUUCCUUCCUUGUCUUCAUUGAAAACCCUUAGCUUGUACAAUAAUAGCAUUUGUGAUUUUGGAGCAGAAAAUCUUGCAAAAAUUCUUCCUGCAAUGGCAUCUUUAAGAGUGUUAGAUGUUCAAUAUAACAAAAUAACUGACGUUGGAGCCCAACAGCUGACUGACAGCCUAAGAAAAUGUCCCCAUAUUAAGAAUUUGCUGAUGUGGAAUCCUACCAUUCCCUAUGGAGUUCUUGAACACCUUCAUCAGUUGGAUUCUAGAAUUAGUUUGUAGAUUCAGUUGAUCCUAUAAAGGUAUCAUAAAGGAGAGCAGAAGGUCUCCUCUGUAUCUCCCUAUCUUCUUUGCUGCUUAAUGAAUCAGGAAAAGUGCUGAUUUUUCAUGACAGUGGCAAAAUGAAAAAAGUCACAUGUGAGCUCCUGGGUGAUUCCUGAAGUGGGUGAAUGAUAGAGUUCAAAUAUGUAAACUGUCUUUUAACAUGCUAUUCAAAGACUCAGUGUUUCCAUUGAAGUGAUGAUGUAACAUCAAGUUUCAAAGAUGAAAAGAACAUCUGGAUAUUGCGAUCACCAUUAAAUGUGAACAAGAGUCACCAGGAUAUUGGUAGUAUAAAACUGCUUCCUUGAUUCACCAAAGCGUAAGAUUGCAAGCUGCUGGACCUGCCACAUCUGAAGUAGUAAUAGAUAAAAUCUGAUUGUUUCAUGGUGCCGGUGCCAGUGGUAACUGCGAUUGAAUUUGGUUUGAUGAUUUUGGACUACCAAAGCUCAAUGAUUUUCACCCAUAAAUCUGGAUUGAUUUGAAGCGUUAGGGUCAGGAGCAUAAGAAUGAUCAGUCUGGAACACAGCUUGGUAUGGUAAAAUUAUCCAUAAGAAUCCAGAAGUGGCUCUUUUCUUCAUAUUUAUCAUCAAUGCUGUCUUAAAGGAUAGAAGGAGAUUUUUCGUUCAACUAAGUCUCUUGUUAUUGGUUCCCUCAAAAAGAAUUGGAAAAAGAAAGAGUUAAAGAGAAGAAAUGAAUUAAAAAUGGAAAACUAUUAAGGAUUUUUCUGAUGAUAUCACAGAAAUCCAAAUACUAUAAAGAGUUUCAGUUCAUUGCACAAAAAUCCUCCAAGUGACAAUCUUCAAAGUUUUUUAGCUUGUCUAAAAUGAGAUCUUAAAAGUGUUUUUUUUAUUUUAAGGAGUGAAAAAAAUGCACUUAUUUAUAUAUGGGUGUAAGUUACUAAGAAAUGAGAUUCUAGGUCACAAGAUACAUGUCAACUAAAAUAUUUGUGCAUAAAACUUUGAAGAGCUGAAAAAUGUUAGUUUGACUUCUGAAACAAAUUUUUCUUCUCAUUCAUAUACCUGGACUGGGAUUUAGUCUCUCACUUGCAGAUGGUAACAUAAAUGUACAAACAUCUAUUUUAUACUUGAAAGUGAAAUGACUACUUUGUGGGGUUUAUGAGACCUUCUUUUACAGAGUUAGGAAGAAUUAGACAAUGAUAGACAAUAGCAUAUUUCAGAGUGCUAGCAAGUGUCUGUUCUGCUGGCCUUGGUGUUCUGUGGGCCAAAUACUAGUCCUGCUGAUUCUAAUAGCAAAACAAUUCUCUCUCUCUCUCUCUCUCUCUCUCUCUCUCUCUUUUUUUUUUUCUUUUUUUUUUUUUUUUAGUUCAGUUCAGCUCUGGGAACAUGGAGAGAAUUUAUAAUCAUAUACAGACAGCUGUCAGGACCAGCAUUCUAAUUCCCUGUCCAGUUACAGGCUGAAGACAGGAAAACAAGACUGGAUGGAAAUAGCUAGGAAUGUUCUAUAUGCCUCAAAAAUUGGGAAGGGAGAUCUCUGUAUGUCAUGCUGCUAGCUCAGGGUUAGCUCAACAAAUCCUUUGAAAUCUCUUCUGCCAGGAAGAGUUGACAGAAUCCUGACCAAGGACCUAUGCAAACUGAAAUCUUUCCACUAACCUCUUGAAUACUCUGUUACUUGGUUUAAAAACAGUCACCCAUUUAAACAGUUUUAAAACACAAUCUUUAUGUUCUUUCCAGCAAAUUGUACUUCUCUGCUGAAAUUUUAGUGCCUGCAGAAUCUUGACAGCAGGGAGGGAGGGUGGACAAAUUAAGGAAGGGAGGAAAGUGUGUCUUUUGGAUUGUUUGUUUCUGUUAAUCAAACCUAGUUUGACCUAGUGAGUGGAGGUAAUAGUACAAGGGAGCAAGGUGAAAAACACUAGGCCGAUUGUGACUAUAACUAGAAAAUGACCAUUUUCUUCACAAUCUGCACAGCUUUUCAAAGCCUAGCCAGAGCAAUGCCGCUUUACAGAAAUAUUCUGCAGUUACUUCUCAGUGUGGCUAAAUUUGAGAAUGUGCUAAAUACUAGGCAGGACUCUGUCUGGUCUGCAUAAAAUGAUGUUGGGUAAACUACUGUUCUCUUUCUGUGAGGUAGUAGGAGAGGUAUGUUUAUACAGAUAAUGUACAGAUUGUAAAUUGUGAUGCAGUGUUUUUGAUAUUUUUGUAUGUCUUUCAAAAUGUAUUAAAAUAUUCCUUUUUACAGUAA